AUGUUGGCCCCAGUAAUCAUGCUUGGUCUUCUUAUUGCUGGAAUCCUGGCGUCGCCAGGACUUCCUCGCAGGCCCCCACCGUUCUUCGAUUCUGAUGCAUUUCAGCUGACCGACCCCACCGUGACGGAGCAAGUCGAUGAUACGGGCAAUCUCUAUGAGUUGGAGAGUGAAGAGAAUUAUCAAAUUUGGAUGGUUAUUUGA